AUGCAUUAUUCUCAAUCCAACCCAAAUACAAAAUCUACCACCACCACCACCACCACCACCACCGGCGGCAGCAGCAGUUCUGGCGGCAUUGCGACCGCCUCCCCUCCAGCUUCCCCGCAUCACUCCAAUUUCCGCGGGGUCAGGCGCAAGAGCGGCAAGUGGGUUUCUGAAAUUCGGGAGCCGAAAAAGCCCACCCGAAUAUGGCUCGGCACAUUCCCGACCCCUGAAAUGGCAGCGGUUGCCUACGAUGUGGCUGCGCUUGCCCUAAAGGGUCAAGAGGCGGAACUGAACUUCCCAAACACUGCUUCUUCCUUACCUGUCCCUGCCUCCACGUCUCCUCGUGAUAUACAAGCGGCUGCCGCCACUGCCGCUGCUGCGGUCGGGGCAGCAGUGGAUGCUUUGAGUGUUGGGGAGAUUGGAAAAACCGAAGGGACUAAAAAUCCAAUAGCCAAUGAUGAAUAUGUUGACGAGGAUUUGAUUUUUGAUAUGCCUAAUGUUCUGGUGAACAUGGCCGAGGGUAUGCUUCUCAGCCCUCCUCGCCUGGAUGUAGCCGGGGACGAUACUGCUCCCGAUGGAGGUGAUCACAACCUGUGGAAUUAA